GGGGCCGGAGGGGUUACCAUGGCGACAGCUCCGGUGAUUCGCACCCUGGCCGGAGUGGCAGCCGCUGCAGGGACAGGAGCAAGUUCGCGGCUCCCAGCCCUGGAGAGUGCCCGCAGAUUCAGCAGUAGUUCCAGGAGACGGGGAUCUGGGGGUGCCAGCCCCGGUCGCCUCCUCAGUACUGCCCAAGUCCGGACCCAGCUGCCGAGACAGAAGGCCGAGCGGGAUUCCGAAGAGACGGCCGGUGACAAGGGACCUCCUCCGGGAGUGGGACCGCCUGCCACCACCACGUUCCCGGGUCCAGCCGCCGCGCCGCCCCCGCCCCCGCCCGCCGUGGCCCCCGCGCCGCACUCCAGCCGCUCGCUGGUCCAGCGGGACAUCCAGGCGUUCCUGACCGAGUGUGGGGCCAGCCCCGGGGAGGCGAGGCACUGGCUCACCCAGUUCCAGACCACUUAUGAGUCGGCGGAUAAACCUUUUGCCAUCAUCGAGGUGGAUGAAGCUGUGUUCAAGAACAAAGAGGCAGUCCUAAGUUUGGCCUUUGCUCUGGCCUUCUUGCAACGAAUGGAUAUGAAGCCACUUGUGGUUCUUGGACUUCCAGAACCCACCGCACCCUCUGGCUGCCUUUCAUUCUGGGAGGCCAAGGCCCAGAUGGCUCAGAGCUGCAAGGUCCUUGUGGACUCUCUACGACACAAUGCAGCCACUGCUGUGCCCUUUUUUGGGGGAGGGUCUGUGCUGAGCGCUGCUGAACCUGCCCCCCAUGCCACCUAUGGUGGCAUUGUCUCUGUGGAGACAGACCUGCUAAAAUGGUGCCUGGAGUCGGGUAGCAUCCCCAUCCUGUGUCCUAUUGGCGAGACAGGUGUACGGCGCUCUGUGCUGCUCAAUUCCUUGGAGGUCACUGCUGCUCUGGCAAAGGCUCUGCUGCCCACCAAGAUCAUCUUCCUCAACACUACCGGGGGCCUACGGGAUGCCAAUCAGAAGGUUCUGAGUAAUGUGAACCUGCCAGCUGACCUGGACCUAGUGACAAAUGCCCAGUGGGUAAGCAGCAAGGAGAGGCAGCAAAUGCGGCUCAUUGUGGAUGUACUAGGCAGACUAUCCCAUGACUCCUCAGCUGUCAUAACAUCUGCCAAUACCUUGCUUACCGAACUCUUCAGCAACAAGGGGUCAGGGACACUCUUUAAGAACGUUGAGCGGAUGCUUCGAGUAGACAGCCUAGAGAAGCUGGAUCAGAAGCGGCUGGUAGAACUCAUAAAUGCGAGUUUUGGCAAGAAACUUCGGGAUGACUAUCUGGCCUCUCUUCGACCACGGCUGCAGUCCAUUUACUAUUCUGAAGGGUACAAUGCUGCAGCCAUCCUGACCACUGAACCUGUGCUGGGAGGCACCCCUUACCUAGACAAGUUUGUGGUGAACUCAAGCAGAAAGGGACAGGGCUCAGGCCAGAUGCUAUGGGAGUGCAUGCGACAGGACUUGCAUCGACUUUUCUGGAGAUCCCGUGUCACCAAUCCCAUCAACCCCUGGUACUUUAAGAACUGUGAUGGGAGCUUCUCCAACAAACAGUGGAUCUUCUUCUGGUUUGGCCUGUCUGACAUCCGGGACUCCUAUGAGCUUGUUAACCAUGCCAAGGGACUGCCUGACUCCUUCUGCAAACCAGCCUCUGACCCAGGCAGCUGACAGGAACCAUCAACCCUUCGGGCCCCAGCCCAACUGAAUGCACAGCCAAGAGCCAUGCAGAGGCAGUGGUCCCAGAGAAGUUAGGAGGCAGGCCUGGGUUUACUGGCUGAGAAACUUGCAUAGAAGGGGAGAUGGGAAGGCCUUGAGGCCCUCAGACUCUGGGAAGGGGAGGGAGCCAGUAAAGCAGCAGAAACAGGGAGGCUAGCCUACCUGAAUGGAGUAUGGGUAUCUGGAACCUGCUGUCCAGAACUCUGACAGCUGUUCCAAAGCAACUAGUAUCUAUUUCUUCAUCAUGCUCUGGGAACUCCGAUCCCAUCAAGGCUCCUACCCAGGGCCAACUGAUGUAUGGGUGAAAUACACGGCCACCUCCAUGUGUGA